AUGAAGAAUAAUAUAGAACUUAGAAAAUGGCACAACAAGCCCUUUCCAUGGUAUGAAGCACUAUAUGAUAUUUAUGAAGGCACAUAUGCAGAAGGCAAACGUGCUCGUGGAUGUGAGUAUUAUAGUAAUCACUCUAGAGGUUCAUCAUCGACCUCCCAGCCGGAGUCUCCAUUAGCCACGAUUCCAGGUGUCAGAGAUAAUUUUGAUGAACAUGUUGAAGAGACUCAGGAAGUCAAUCUGUCAGCUCAAAUACCCUCACCAAGUGACCUACCUCACCCAGUUCAAGUGCCUCCACCAUCACAAUCACAAAUACAAGCUCAAGAAGCUAGGACGGCAUCAAGUUCUAAAAAAAGAAAAAUAAGAAGCGGAAAUAUCAAUAAAAUGGAAGAUUAUCUAAUUGUAAAGGAGAGGGGUGACGAUAAACUUGCUAAAGCUAUUGUCACCGCAGCAGAGGUACAAACAAGAAGUUAUCAUGAUGAUAAAUAUUCUGUUGAUAAAUGUAUGGAGGUGUUUUAUGCAUUGCCUGAUCCAUGGACCGCGGACGAGGUAUUUAAAGCUUCAAGAGUGUUCCAAAGAAAGAAAAAAAAUCGUAAGGCUUGGCUUUCAUUAAAGGAUGAACAUAGGGCUUAUUGGAUAAAAAAGGCAUGGGAAGAAGGAAUUUAGAGUUAAACCUUAAGGUUGUUGCUUAGUUUCUUUAUUAUGCUUUUUUAUUAGGUUUCUUUCAUUUUGCUUGUCAUGUUAAACCUUACCAUUGACAUUUGUUGGUAUAUUGAACUUUAUAGUCUAUUUAGCAAGUUGGUAUCUUUAAUGCUAAAUAGAUUUUUGUUGGUAUCUAGAUGUUUGUUGUCUUAUUUCAUGUAUUGCUUAACUUAAUGGAU